UCGUCUAUCUUUAUCCCCACGUGCUCUAAUUCUCCGCCUUCAUUACUCCCUCACCGUCUCCUUCUUCUCUUACUCCUCUUUUCUCUCUCUGUCUCCCUAUCUUCUUCUCUGUCAAGAUGAUUUCUCAUUCGUAUCUCUUAUUUCUGAUAUUCUCGCUUGUUUUUUCAGAUAAUUUCAUUUUAUUAUCAUCCUCUUGUUCUUCUUCUUCUUCAUCUUCUGAAAAUGAGUUCUCUUCUUCCUUUUUUGAUGCUGUAACUUCCUUGAAUCCCAAGUCUUUGAAUUCGCUCAAGAAUCAAUCAGCUUUCAGGCAGCGAAAGCCUUCUAGUGGAUGUGAGGUUUGGACUAAGGCCUGUUCGGAAGCGAUUCUGAGCCUGGCUCGGAGGCCGGAGACGGUGAGCUGGUUGAAGAGUGUGAGGAGGAAGAUUCACGAGAACCCUGAGCUUGCUUUCGAGGAGGUGAAGACGAGUCAGUUAGUUAGAAACGAGUUGGAUAAGAUGGAGAUUGGAUAUAAGUAUCCUUUGGCUAAAACGGGUAUUCGGGCUUGGAUCGGUACCGGCAGGCCUCCUUUUGUGGCCAUCAGAGCUGACAUGGAUGCGCUCCCCAUUCAGGAAGCUGUAGAAUGGGAGCAUAAAAGCAAAGUUGCAGGCAAAAUGCAUGCUUGUGGGCAUGAUGCUCAUGUCGCAAUGCUGAUUGGAGCUGCCAAGAUCUUGAAGACUCGAGAGCAUCUCUUGAAGGGAACUGUAAUUUUGCUCUUCCAGCCAGCGGAGGAAGCUGGAAAUGGAGCAAAAAGAAUGAUAGGAGAUGGUGCUCUGGAGGAUGUGGAGGCUAUAUUUGCAGUUCAUGUCUCCCAUGAACAUCCUACUGCCAUCAUUGGUUCCAGGCCUGGUCCUCUGUUAGCAGGCUGCGGCUUCUUUAGAGCAGAAAUUAGUGGCAGAAAGGGUGGUGCUGAGAACCCACACCGCUGUGUUGACCCAAUUUUGGCAGCCUCCGCUGCAGUGAUAAGCUUGCAAAGCAUCGUAUCUCGUGAAGCCAAUCCACUGGACUCUCAAGUCGUGUCUAUUACUACAAUGGAUGGAGGCAACAAUCUUGACAUGAUUCCAGACACUGUUACACUUGGCGGUACCUUCAGGGCUUUCUCCAACGCAAGCUUUUAUCAGCUUCUUCGAAGAAUAAAAGAGGUGAUUGUAGAACAGGCAAAUGUGUUCAGGUGCUCAGCAACAGUAGACUUCUUUGAGCAGGAAUACACAAUCUAUCCUCCGACAGUGAAUGACGAUGACAUGUAUGGACACGUGAGAAAAGUGGCGAUUGAUUUGUUAGGUCCAACUAACUUCAGAGUGGUACCACCAAUGAUGGGCGCUGAGGACUUCUCAUUUUACUCACAAGUUGUUCCUGCAGCUUUCUACUACAUUGGCAUAAGGAACGAGACAUUGGGUUCAACACACACAGGCCACUCUCCCUAUUUUAUGAUAGAUGAGGAUGUCCUCCCCAUUGGCGCUGCAACUCAUGCAGCUAUUGCAGAAAGAUACCUCAUCGAGCACGGCUAAUGAUGGAGAAUGUGGGAUUUAGCCGUCUGAGGAUUUAGACGAUUGUCACAGAGCAUGAAAAUUUGCAAUCUCAUUUCUUUCCUGCCCUCUUAAUUUGUCUUAAUCCAGUUAGGGCGGUGGGGAUCGGGGGUUUCCCUGCCAGUGUAAAGGAUGGAAGAGAUGGAAGGGCAUCCAUUGGUGAUUGGAGCUAGCUAGAUCUAGUUACAAUUUCCAUUUAGGUGUUCUUCAGGUCAAUAGUAAUCAGCUUUUACUUAAUUUUCUUUGUUCAAAAUAUAGUUGUAGCAUUUUCUAA